CAGUCAACAACGCGCCGACAACAUCGACAAUAAUGCCCCCAAAGAGUGGAAAGAAAGUUGCUCCCGCCCCCUUCCCCCAGGGGAAGGCUGGUGCCGGCAAGAAGGGCCCAAAGAAUCCUUUGAUCGAGAAACGCCCUCGUAACUUCGGCAUCGGUCAGGACGUCCAACCCAGCCGCAACCUUUCUCGUAUGGUCAAGUGGCCCGAGUAUGUCCGUCUUCAGCGCCAGAAGAAGAUCCUCAACCUUCGCUUGAAGGUUCCUCCGGCCAUUGCGCAAUUCCAGAACACCCUCGACCGCAACACUGCCGCCCAGGCGUUCAAGCUCCUCAACAAGUACCGCCCAGAGUCCAAGGCUGAGAAGAAGGAGCGUCUCCACAAGGAAGCUACUGCCGUCGAGGCUGGCCAGAAGAAAGAGGAUGUUAGCAAGAAGCCAUACACCGUGAAGUAUGGUCUCAACCACGUGGUCGGUUUGAUUGAGAACAAGAAGGCUUCUUUGGUUCUCAUCCCCAAUGAUGUUGACCCAAUUGAGCUUGUUGUCUUCCUUCCUGCCCUGUGCCGCAAGAUGGGUGUUCCAUAUGCUAUCAUCAAGGGCAAGGCCAGACUCGGAACUGUGGUCCACAAGAAGACUGCCGCUGUCGUUGCUCUCACCGAAGUCCGUGCCGAGGACAAGAGCGAAUUUGCCAAGCUCGUCUCCGCCAUCAAGGAGGGCUAUAGUGAGAAGUACGAAGAGUCCAAGCGCCACUGGGGUGGUGGUAUCAUGGGUGCCAAGGCCCUUGCUCGUCAAGAGAAAAAGCGCAGAGCCAUUGAGACUGCUGUUAAGAUCUAAACUGUUAUCUCUGUGUUGCUUUUCCAGGACAGGAUGGGUUAUGGGAGUUCAACUCGGCGUUGUACCUCGAUGAAAAAGUUAACGUGAAGGCCCCACGAAUAAUGUUGACUUUCCACCCACAUGCACUUAGUAGAAUCGUGAAUCGAAAAACUACGCAUAUGGGUUUAUUAU